CCGACCGGCAACAGCAAAAAGAGAUAACCGGCAGUCUGCCAUAUAUGAUGUGUAAGUGUGUGUGUACCUUGAUAUUGUUUUUGUUGUAACGAUCAUCGUGAUCAUCAACCUACAAGGGGUUGUUUCCGAAAGAACAUCCACCACUGUGUUGCAACACACACACGCACCAUUUGCUUGAUCCACUUUGAGUUUGGUUUUUCUGCUGCUGUCGCUGCAGUCCAACUGUCGUCGUCUUCAACGAUGAAUACUCUACCCAGGUUCUGCUGGCGCUGACAUAAAUACAAACAUCUGUCUCAGCUGUUAAAUUUUUUGUGUCUUUCAUUUCCUCUAUCUACCAACAAAAACAACCAAAAUGUAGGAAGAUGUUUUCAGGGGAUGUUAGCCGUUUACCCUUAUACUUCCAUGCCAACUCUGUUGCUAUUACUGCACUUGGGGUUAAUGGGUAUAACGAAUGCAGGGAAGCAAACUUAGGGCACAAGUUAUCUCCCUUGGCAGACAGGGCAAUGCAAGUCAGUCGGUUUUAGGACGUGCUCGUGAACACAACACUCACUACUCAAAGGAUAAACAGAAUUGUAUUAAAAACAAUUACUUAAAAAUGUCGGGAAAACUAAUAAUGAAACGAAAAUUGGAUAAACAACAGACUCCACCGGCACCAGAGCCACAAUCAAUUGGAUCAGAACAGGGAAGCGAAGUUGUUAGUGGAAGUAACAGCAGAAGACCAUCAUCAGAACUUAGCCGCACUGAAAGAAACGAAAAUAAUUUAAACAAUGAAACGGAUUUCUCAGCAUCUCUGCAACAAAGUAAACGUCUGCGUUGUGACACUCCCCCACCCGAACCAGAAGACGAGGAAAUACGUCGACUGCACCUAGAUGGUCGUGAACCAACCCAUGAAGACAUUUUAAAUAAUCAACGCAAUCGGGAACUUCUCGAAGCAAUACAAUCGAAAGUAAUGGAACUGCAAAGAGAAUUGGAUGAAUUUGAAGACGAUUUUCAAAACUAUGAAGAUGAUACAGACGACGACCAUCAUCAACAACAACAUGUCAUGUCUGAUCAGGAAGCAGAAGCAUUAGGCUAUGCCAUGUGUGCCCAGGAAACUAUAUUAUUUCUACAACGUCAAGGCAUACCCUCGGAUAGUCUACUAUAUACCCGCUUGCAUGAAGCUCUUGUUGGACGUGGACCAACUGAUCGGUCAUUUCAGAUAUAAAAUGGAAUAACUUCUGAAAAAAUACGACCGGUGUUUGAGCACGAUCAGACGUCACAAUCAGUUAACUGAUUUACACUUCUCUAGUCAUUCGUUUCCAUGAAACAAGUAAAUAUGAAGCAACAUCAACAAAAAAUCGAACUUCUAGUCAUUCUUCUGUAUUAAGUUAAACUUAAGAAAGGAAUCUAUUUUUAGUAAUAAAACAUACAAUUCUUGGAUAUAUAUGUAGAGCAUAACACAUUCGUUUAAUUACAAUGUUUAAUAAAAAAUAAAACCAGAAUUUACAUACACAAAGAAA